UCAUCAUAAUCAUCAUCAACAACAACAACAACAACAACAACGUUCAUUCAAUAAUGAUAAUUUUAGUCAAUCACAAAGUUCAUCAAGAAUUCAUGGCCAUAGUAGUAGUCAUCGUUUAGAACAAGAAUUAUAUCGGCCACCUGGUUCACGAAACCAACAUCAUCAUAAUCAACCAUCAGGCCAUUAUAUGGGCCAAAAUCAUAAUCAUCAUCAUCAUCGAUCAACAUAUUAUCAUCAUAAUCGAUUAACAAAUUCAAAUCGCCAAAAUAAUUUGAAUCAAUAUUAUCAACAUCAACAUAGUAAUUAUAGUCGAAAAGUGAACAACAAUAACAAUCCAUCAUCUGGAUCAUCAUCCACAUCAUCUAAUUCAAAUUAUAAAAUUACAAAAAAUCGUCAUCAUCACCAUAGUGAAGAUUCUGAUCAUAAUUCACAUAAAAUCAUGAAUCAAACAAAUGAUCAAAGGCAAUCGAAAUUUGAUCGAUAUGAACAAAAUUUAAAUAAAUUCCAGAAAUCUAUGCAAACAUAUUCGCUCAUUGAUCAAAAUUCAGUUAUUGAACGAUUUGAUCUUCCCAUUUAUAGUUAUUCAAAAAAAUCAGAAAAUUCUGAAAAUCGUAUGGAAUUAAUUCAAAGUAUUAACAAUCUAGUCUUAAUUGAUUCAUUACGAAAUUUGAGUCAAACAAAAUCGAAAUCUCAGUCAACAGCUGCAUCGUCCACAUCUUCAACAUCGCCAUCAAAUAUAAAACAAUCAUCAAUUGAAGAAAAACCGGGCCUGAUCGUUUUACCAUCAAAAACGAUGACAUCGGCCGUAUCUGAACAAAGUUCAACUAUAAUCACAGAUAAAAGCAAAAUGAAUAAUAAAUCAGGUUCAAACGCCGGUAUUAUAAGAUUAAAUCGUGAUACAAUGCAUCAAUUAUUGCAACGAAAUUCAAUGGAUGAAAAUACUCAUCAUCAUCGACAACAAUAUUCACAUCAUUCAAAUGACGAACAUUCAAUCAUCGAUCGAUCGCCAAGAGAAAAACAUAAUAAUACAAUUACAUCACAAAUAGCAGCUGAUUUUUAUGAAUUUGAAAAUCUUCUCGAUAGAUUACGAUAUUAUGGUGGUCGUCAGAAUUGGCGUAAUGGACCAUCAUUGCAAAAAUUCUGUUAUUCUGAUCCGAAUAUUCAGGCAAUUCGUAUACGAAUAAUGAAUGCUUGUGAACAUUUAUUGUUGAUCGAUUUGAAUCGUUCAAUCACACAAAAUGUAUUGCCCAAUAUAUGGGAAAUUUGUUUCUAUGAUUUCAUACGAAUCUAUCGUCAAAAUCAUGGUGGCGAAGAACGGGCAACAAAUUCAACUGGUUCAUUUAAUGAAAAAGAAAUUCACGAUACAAAUCUUUUGUCAAAAUUAGCUCGUGAAGGUCUUGAUUAUUUUGGUACAUUAUAUCAUCGUCUAAUUGAAAAAUAUCAAUUUCAAUUAAAAUCUUUAUAUGAACGUCAUAAAUAUUAUCGUUCGAAUCCAUCAUUGUAUUCUCAUUUACAUGAUAUAACAUGUGUGGUGAAAAUCAUUUUCAUAUAUCUUGGUGAUUUAUGGCGUUACAUAGAACUGGUUCCUCCACCAUCAUCAUCAUCCGUUAGCCAUGGAAAUCAGCUAAAUAGUGGUCAUUUUGUUAAUUCUAAAAACUAUUACAUGAAAGCCCAUAUGUUGGUACCGAAAAAUUCGCACAUCUGUUCACAGUUGGCGUUAGUAUCGUUUUAUCAAAAAAAUUAUUUCGAUGCUAUUUAUUAUUCAAUCAUAUCAUUUGAAUACGAUAUUCUACAUGAUCGAUGUUCGAAUCGUUUUCGAUCGAAAUUCAUUCGUGUACAAUCGAAUCGUCAGAAUCUUCUUGUUUAUUUCGAUUCAAUACGAUCGUUGCAUAUGAAAAUGAUAUCGACAAUUCGUCGUGAUUAUGAUCAAACAAUGGAACGUGAAAAAUUACAAAGACAACGUCUUGAACGUGGCCAUAGCCGUAUUAAUAAAAAUUAUCGUAUUGAAUAUUGGGUACGACCAGAUCGUACUAUAGCCAAAUGUGAUAUGUAUAAUUUUUAUGAUCUAGCUGCUGUUGUCAGCCGUAAUGAAUCGGAACCUGAUUUAUUGAAAUUCUAUGAGAAAUUUAUUCUCAAAUCGCCAGCGACAGCAACAACAACCACAACGACAACAAUGAUGUUGGCCAAAUCACAAUUCAAAGAUCUUAAAGAUCGUUUUACAUUAUCAUUUUUGAUGGUACAUGCUAUGCUAAACCAUCGUGUUGGCCUCGAUCGAUUUUAUGAUGUUGCCAAUCAGAUGAUAUUAGAAUUUGAUUCAGUUAUCAAUCGAUCAUCUGAUCAUGAUAACCAUAGUCAUAAUAAUAAUCGUUUAUCACCCUUUUUUCUCAUUCAAUUAUUCGUAAUCAAUAUGUAUAGUGUGGCCAAUACAAUGGAUGACCAUAAUCGUGACCAUCAUCAAUUACAAUAUGCCGCCUAUUAUGGUUUCACACAAACAAAUUCCUAUUUUAUCAUGUCUACAAUGAUAUCGAUGAUUUUGAAACGUUUGAUUCAUUUGUUUGAAACAUUCCGUCAUCAUCAUCUUGAUCUCUUGGAAUCAAUCAAUUCAUCAACAUCAAUGGCUAAAGGACAAAUAUCCAGAAAAUUAUCCAAUGAACCAGAAUGUAUUGAUGAUUGUUUUGGUUCCAUUUAUCAUACAAUGAUCACAAAGAAUCCUAGCUUGGAAGUUCAACAGGAAUGGUUUGAUUUUUAUUCUUUUCUACCAUGUGUAAAGUUAUGGUCCGAUUGGAUCAUAUCAUUUAAUCCGUAUUUUCCUCCACAAGAAAUGAAUGAUAUUAAAACACCUGGAAUCGAUCAAAAUGUAUGGCAAAUAUUUGCACAAUUUCUCACACAACUACAUCAGAUCAAACAAUAUCCAGUCGUUUUUUAUUCAGAUCAAAAAAGUAAACAUCAUUUAUCGCUUUCGUCACCAAAAUCCUCUGAUCUUGAUCAAAAUGAAUAUGAAUUGGUUCAAUUGCCGGAAGAUAGAUUUUUAGAUGGUUUCAAAAUUCUUCGUGACACACCUGAAUCAUCUAAAUUUGUUCAUACUCCAUUCGUACUGGAAAUUGCGUACAUUUAUAUGCGUAUUGAAAGUAUUAAAUUAUUUGGUGAUUAUCUUUGCGGUCUUCAAUAUCCGUAUCUACGAUUUGAUACAAAAAAUUUUACAUUCGAAUCAUUAAUCAAUACGGAUGAUGUUGAAAAUCAACCAGGAAUCAAGUUGAAACAAAUUCAACAACGACAAUUGAUGGAAGCAAUGAACAGAGAUAAAAAUAAUCAGAUUAUUGCCAAUAAUAAAAGCGAUGGCGACAAUGAUGACGAUGAUGAUGAUGAAUGCUAUUCAAAUGAUGAAGAAGCAAUUAGAGAGAUGAAUGAUUUGAAUCUAAAUCCAAUGGAACGACGAAAAUUGUUACAAUAUCGAAUGUUUCGCCAACAAAAUCGACAACAUGGCCGUUAUUUUCGUAUGAUUGAACAUAUUCAUGAACCGAAACGUCGUUUUAUUAUUAUUCCACGUUAUGUUAUAUUCGAUACGAAUUGUUUCAUAAAUGAUCUUCAUUCGAUUAUGAAAUUUGUCCAUAACAAAUCAUUCAUCGUAGCUGUACCAUUAAUAGUGGUACAAGAACUUCAAUCAAUGAUGGCACGUGGACAACGUCUACAAGUUUCAAAAUCAUCCGAAGAUAUCAAUAAUGAUGAACAACAAGAAUCAAUGAAUUUACGAUAUAAACAGCUGGCAAAAAAAUCAGCUGAGAUACUUGAUUGUUUACAGAAAGCGUUCGAUUCGAAUGUGGAAAAUAUUCGAGCCAUUACAAGUAAAGGAUCCUUAUUAGAUCGUAUUGAUUAUAAAGAAGAAUCGAAUGAUAAUUCAAAUGCCGUUAAUAAUGAUGAUCGUAUACUAUAUGGAUGCGUUAGUUUAGUCGAAAAAGAUAAUCAUCAUGUUAAUGAUGAACAAAUUGAUGAUAAAUGGAUGCGUAACUUGUUGAAAGAUGCCGGUGAACAACAGUUAACCAAUCAAGACGAAUUUAUCCAUCGUAAUGUAAUACUCAUCACAGACGAUAUGAAUUUACGUAUCAAAUCAUUAGGCUAUGAUAUACCGGUUAAAAAAUUUAAACAAUUCCGUAAAUGGGCCAGUACUUUGGAUAAUCAUCAGCCACAAGCACAACAACCAUCACCACCACUACUACGAAAAAAAUCACAACAAUCUACUUAGAUUUAAUCACCAUCAUCAUCAUCAUUUAUUAAUCAUCAACUUUGACCUUUGAUCCCUUGAAUCCACCGGAAAUUUCAGCCAUAUAUUUUUUUUGUCGUUAAAAAAAUUCUGUUGUUGAAAAAUAUUCAAAUAUAUUUUAUUCAAAUGAAUGUAUUUUUAAAAAAAAAAUAAACAAAACGAACAAGAGAAAAAUUCAUUAUUAAAAUGGAAAAGUUUUCUUUUACUUUCUAUUUCUUA